AUGGGCGAAGUUGGACUGAGAUCUGAGAUCCUAAAUCCCACGAAGCACGUGAACGUCAGAAAAAGAAAUCCGGAGCACCUUCGGCCACCGCCCAAAAAAAAUGAGAAGAAGAUUGAAACGUACAUACGAGGACUACAUAGGAUGACCGCUGCUGGCGGUCGACACUCGCAGCGUGAAGCGAUGAUGUUGACCGUAAAUGAGAUUGUUGCGCACCUAGUGGAUGCUCACCGUCAAAACGGGACUGUGAAUUUGAACCGACUGAAAUGCUUGGUUGGGCGACGACCUGUGGUGAAAGCUAAGCUCGCCGUGGCAUGGCUGCUUAGUUUGGGGAAAAGUCUCUUUGCCACUCCAGCAUAUUCACUGCCUCAGUACCCUGCACACUGGGCCCUGCCGUCUCAGACGUCGGACGGUAUGGCGACCGGUGAGAGGCGAUCAAAUCUCAGGUUGCUCAGGACGUCAUUGAUUCUGGACCAAGGCGACACACGCACGACUCGCCAUGAAGACUGUCUCAGACUGUGUACUUACAACGCGAGAACAGUUUCCACAGACGCCGACCUGCAUGCCCUUCUCGGAGCUGCAAAGCGUAUCAAAUUUCACGUGAUUGCUCUGCAGGAGACCAAGUGCAGAAGGAGCGACGUACGACAGAUGAAUGACGGUACACUCGUCAUUCGUGGAGAGAAGGUUCCGUCGCGAAAUGUAGGCGGUGUUGGUUUCGUUGUGCACCCAUCUGUCGUCCAUCUCGUCGAUUCUCACGAGAUCCUGUCACCUCGUCUGGCCAUUCUUCGCCUCCGCCCUCUGCGCCAAAAAUCCAUCAGUAUCAUCAACUGCUAUUCACCAACAUCAGCAGCUGAUGAUUCCGAAUUGGACGCGUUUUACGAGGAGCUGGAGGAAGUAGUCCACAACGAGAAGUCCUUUUACAAAUUCGUUGUCGGAGACUUCAACGCAAAACUAGGAAAGGCCACAGAAGAGGAAUACAGGAUUGGAAGAUUUGGACUAGGGGACCGGAAUGAAAAUGGCAAUCGUCUCGCCGGGCUGUUGUCCGCCGCUCGCCUCUUUCAUGGGAACUCUCUUUUCAUGAAAAAAGAUCAUCGUCGGUGGACAUGGGAAUCGCCCAAUGGCGCGACUCGUGCAGAGAUCGACCACAUACUCACCAACCGGAGGUGGUGUCUACUUGACGUCUCAGUAGUACCAUCCUUUUGUAGUGGUUCUGAUCACCGUCUCCUUCGUGCGAAAAUACGACUUAGCCACACGAUGGAAAAGAACAUCUGCUAUCGGCAACGAAGGAGAAAAGAAGUCGUCUACGACGAUUGCGUACUCGAGGACUCCCUGUCCCAAGGUGACUGGCACAUCGAGGAGGACCCAAACGUGGACUACGAGAUGCUGCUCAGAGGAUUACGAGCCUGUGCUGAACGUGCCUCGAAGUCGCGCACGACAAACUUGGAUCGAAUUUCGAAGACCACCAAGGAAUUGUUAGGAAGAAGAAGGGCUUUGAGGCUUGAUCCGAAUGCAUCGCACAUUGAGCGGUUAGUAGCAAACACUAGCUGCAGAAAAGCGUUGCAGGAGGAUCUUUUGAAGUACAGGCAGAAGAAGAUUCUAGAAGCAGCACAAAGAAGAACGAGUCUAAAGAAGUGCCGCAGGGAUCUCCGCGAAUAUAAUAUUCCGCUAGCAACCUUGCUCAGCGAAGACGGGACUCGCACGUCUUCUCGUCGUGAGAUGGAAAUCAUUACGGAGAGGUUCUACUCGAACCUUUUCCGUUCAUCAACUCCUGUGUCAAGCCCAAUCAUCCCCACUGGCGAAGCUCCACCACGGAUUCUCCCUUCGGAAGUACGAGUCGCUAUCAAGAGCAUGAAACCUGGCACAGCCCCCGGACCUGAUUUUAUUUCAGCAGACUUUCUUCGGGCUGGUGGCCAUCCGCUUCAUGUAAUCUUAGCAGCGCACAUGACAUCCUAUCUUCAGAAAGAAAGGAUCCCAGACCAGUGGAAGACCUCGCGAACCGUUCUUAUCCAUAAGAAAGGUGACCGAGAGGACCUUCGGAACUACCGUCCGAUAUGCUUGCUGAGCGUGUUAUACAAAGUAUUCACCAAGAUCAUCCUCACACGCAUAUCUAGGACGCUGGAUGAAGCCCAGCCUCAAGAACAAGCUGGAUUCCGCCAAGGGUUCAGCUGCUUGGACCACAUCCAGACCGUGUCGAGGGUCAUAGAGGUUUGCCGGGAAUACCGCCUGCCCCUUGUUCUAACCUUCGUCGACUAUGAGAAAGCCUUUGACAGCGUAGAAACGAAUGCAAUACUGUCAGCGCUGGUCGAUCAAGGUGUGGACGCGUCGUAUGUGAGGACAUUAGCCAACUGCUACGAACGAUGCACGACUAGGAUACAGCUUUUCCACCGCCCUCUCACCAUACCCAUUGGAAAGGGGGUACGACAAGGCGAUACCAUAUCGCCGAAGCUGUUCACGGCUGCAUUGCAAUGGAUAAUGAAAUCACUAUCCUGGGAAGAAAGGGGCAUACGUGUUGAUGGAAGAUUUCUUUCGAACCUUCGUUUCGCGGACGACAUCGUUCUCUUUUCGAGCAGUACCAAUGAAGCAGAAACGAUGCUCAACGAAUUGAACGAAGCAGGGAAGAGAAUAGGACUACGAAUAAACAGAAAGAAGACACAGUUCAUGAAGAACGCGCACUGUGAGGACGGAGGAGUACAACUUGAAGGCUCCCAAAUCGUGGAAACUCCGUCAUACGUAUACCUCGGACGUUCUACGAACAUGGAAAACGACUUGAAAGAAGAACUGAAUAGAAGAAUGAGAGCAGCAUGGGCAGCAUUCGCAGCCGUCAGGGAAGCUAUGGACCAACUGACGGACCAUGAUCUUCGUGCCCAUCUGUUCGACUCGACAGUCCUUCCAGCGCUCUGUUACGCAGCGGAGACGUGGGCAGACACCGCGGCCACGUCUAGGAAGCUACUUACUACCCACAGAGCCCUUGAGAGAUGUCUCCUGAAGUUUAACCGGCGCACACAACACCUUGCCGGUCUUCGUAGCUCCGACUUAAGAGGAAUGUCCCGUCUUCGCGACCCAGCGGAAUAUGUAUCGAAAGCAAAACAUAGAUGGGCCGGUCACAUCAUGAGAAGAAUCGACGAUAGAUGGACUAAAAGAACGCUAGAGUGGAUCCCAAGGGACGCUAAACGCCCCCGAGGGAGACCGCCAACGAGAUGGAGUGACGUGUUCGCUGCACGGAUGGACCAGCUGAGAGCUCAGCUGGAUACGGCUCAAGGACCUCGUCAACGUCACUCACGAAGCUUGAGAACAUCUUGGAUGACAAUGGCGAGGGAACGAAAUGAGUGGAAGAGAUGCUGGGGCCCGCACAUCGCUCAAAAAUAUGGGCUAAGUUCACAACCCAAAUUGGUUGAUAUAAUUGCUGCGGUUCCACCUGAGUUCAAGGAUGUGUUGCUCCCUAAACUUAAAGCGAAACCAAUCCGAACGGCUUCUGGAAUUGCUGUAGUAGCGGUGAUGUCGAAACCGCACCGUUGUCCACAUAUCAAUUUCACAGGAAAUGUGUGCGUGUACUGUCCAGGAGGCCCGGAUUCGGAUUUUGAAUACUCGACACAGAGUUAUACAGGAUAUGAACCGACAAGCAUGAGGGCUAUAAGAGCAAGAUAUGAUCCUUUCCUGCAAGCUCGUGGAAGAAUUUUACAGUUGAUGCAGUUAGGGCACUCAAUUGACAAGGUUGAGUUCAUCGUCAUGGGUGGUACCUUCAUGUCCUUGCCGGACGACUACCGCGACUACUUCAUUCGUAACCUACAUGAUGUUUUAAGUGGUCACACUUCUAGCAGUGUCAAGGAAGCUGUAGCGUACUCUGAACGUAGUAAGAUAAAAUGUAUUGGAAUCACGAUCGAGACUCGCCCCGAUUAUUGUCUACCCCGCCAUCUCGAUGACAUGUUACUAUAUGGAUGUACAAGGCUUGAGAUUGGAGUACAGUCCACUUACGAGGACGUGGCAAGAGAUACGAACAGAGGACAUACGGUUAAAUCGGUAUGCGAGACGUUUCACAUGUCUAAAGACAGUGGCUAUAAAGUUGUGAUCCAUAUGAUGCCCGACUUACCAAACGUGGGACUGGAGAGAGACAUUGAGCAGUUUAUUGAACUAUUCGAAAAUCCAGAAUUCCGACCAGAUGGCCUAAAACUGUAUCCUACACUCGUAAUCAGAGGUACGGGUUUGUACGAGUUAUGGAGGACUGGCAGAUACAAGAGUUAUCCACCAUCCGUAUUGGUCGACCUGAUCGCUCAAAUACUAGCAAUCAUUCCGCCAUGGGUCCGUGUAUAUCGGGUGCAACGUGACAUUCCAAUGCCCCUUGUGUCAAGCGGUGUUGAACAUGGUAAUCUCCGAGAGCAUGCUUUGUCGCGCAUGAAAGACCUUGGAUUAACUUGUCGUGAUGUGAGAACGAGGGAAGUUGGAAUCCAGGAAAUUCACAACACGAUUAGACCGUAUAAUGUUGAACUGAUUCGACGAGACUAUGUUGCCAACGGCGGAUGGGAAACGUUUUUGUCGUAUGAAGAUCCAGAUCAGGAUAUUCUUAUUGGUUUGCUGCGAUUGAGGAAGAUUUCAGACAAAGCCCACCGAUCUGAGCUGAAGGGGCAUACUUCCAUUGUUCGCGAACUUCAUGUCUAUGGUUCUGUAGUAUCAGUAUCAGACAGAGACCCAUCAAAAUUCCAACAUCAGGGCUUUGGUCAGUUGCUCAUGGAGGAAGCUGCACGAAUAGCAUUUUAUGAACACAAUUCGACGAAGAUUUCAGUGAUUUCUGGAGUAGGAACGAGAGACUAUUACAGAAAACUGGGAUACGAACUAGAUGGUCCAUACAUGAGUAAGAUGUUAACUGCCGACGAAUUUGAAUCGAGAAACUGA